GGUUGCUGCAGCGUGCAGGGGACCGGUGUGUCGGAUCAGCUCCAGGCACUUUGUGCCCACUGCUAACCCAGCCCCGGCUGUGCACCAGCCUCGAGCUCCCACAUGCUCCAAGAUUUGCAAGAUUUCAGAAAAUGCCUGGAAUACGUGUUCCCCCAUGGUGCUCUCCAGCUGCCAGAUCUCUGGGAGAGGGAAGACACAUUUCUUCUGCAAUCACCUCGAGAUGCUCGAGGCACGCAGGAGGUUGGCGAUGACGUGUCCCCUGGAGCAGGCGCUGGCUGUGAUGGUCACCACCUUCCACAAGUACUCGGGGAAGGAAGGGGACAAGUACAAACUCAGCAAGCAGGAGCUCAAGGAGCUGCUGAACAAGGAGCUACCCGUCUUUGGGAGCAAACAAAUGGAUGAAGCAGAGUUCAGGAGGCUCAUGAACGACCUGGACCACGACAAGGACAGCGAGGUGGACUUUAAGGAGUACGUCUGCUUCCUGGCCUGCAUCACCAUGGGCUUCAACGAGUUCUUCAAGGAUGGUCCCACCAAGCAGCCCCGCAAGAAGUGAUCCCCCCCCACCUCCCAG